UUCUCAUUCUCUCUCUUCCUUCAGCUGCCUCAAAUCUUCUCAAAAAUCGAGGCAUUUCUGCAUGUUAUAUAAACCAUGCUUAACCCUUCACAAACCAAACUCAUUCUUUCAUACCCUAACUUCUUUCACCUUUCUCUAAAUCCCAACUAAAAAUUUCAUCUCUAAUUAUUCCUAGCUCUCCAAGGUAAAAAAGAAUGAGUAGGCCAGGUGAUUGGAACUGUAGGUCAUGCAGCCACUUGAACUUCCAGAGGAGGGACUCUUGCCAGCGUUGUGGGGACCAACGUCCUGAUGGCCGAGGCGGCGGCGAUUUCGGAAGCUUUGGAGGGAGGUCAGGUGGGCCCUCCUUUGGUGGGGGUUUUGCCGGGCCCGAUGUUAGGCCCGGUGAUUGGUACUGUAGCAUUGGCAAUUGUGGGGCCCAUAACUUCGCUAGUAGGUCUAGCUGCUUCAAGUGUGGGGCUUACAAGGAGGAAUCUGGCUCUGGUGACAUGGGCCGCUCACGUGGAUUCUCUUUUGGUAGCGGUCUUGGCGGUGGCGGACCGGGUGGAAGCGGCCGUUCCGGUUGGAAAUCCGGUGACUGGAUUUGCACUAGGUCGGGUUGCAACGAGCACAACUUCGCUAGCAGGACCGAGUGCUUCAGAUGCAGGGAACCAAGGGACUCCGGCAGUAACUCUGCUUAUUAAAUGCAUCAGCUCUUAAGUUUCAAAAAUUUCACGGUAAUGCAUGCUACGGAAGUACGAAGAUAAACGAAGAAUAUCAAGUUACUACAUGAGAGGGCUGAAUGAAAUUAAUCUACUUUGAAAAUUUUAAUUUCCCUCUAGAUUUUCCUUUCUUUUUUGAAUUUCAUUGUUAGGUCGUAUUCGAGAUAAUUCAUGCUAAAAAACUAGAAGUUUUAGACUUCAUGAGCUUAUUAUUAAUUUUGUUACUUUUUGAUGAGUUUAGUAUGAUAAUCUAUUUAACUAGCUAGUUAUUUUGGUGGUCUAAGCUCAUGUCACUUUAAUUUGUCCCUUUUUUUCCCCUAAUUUUUUUUUUCAAAUUUUUGUUUUUAAAUUGGUGAGAGAAUCUCUCAGCCAUCAUCUCUUUAUGUAGUUGUUGAUGUUCUACGAUGCAAUGAGAGUUUGAAUAUUAUUAGUAAUAUUUGCAAAUCCUUUUA